GUUCCAAUCUAUACAACAAUGUAAUUUUUUGCCCCAUCCUUUUCUUCCUCUCUCACACACACUUUUUUUUUUCUUUACUUUUUCUUUUCUCUAUAAUCCUUUAUUGUGAUGAGUUUCGAAAUUGACACGGUCAGUUAUGCGUUAUUGACCUCUAUUUUUGGAGCCACGGCAUUCAUGUCUCUACGCAAUUUCAAGGGUCCUGAUAUUCAUCCUCUCUUACUCAACACACAGUCAGAUGUUUCUCGUUUACGUCAUGCUGGUGAAUCUGCGAUUUAUCGUUCUCGAAUGUAUCCCAAUGGUUCUCCUUUGUUGUCUAUUUUUGACCGUGGUAUUCGUACGUUAUUGGACUUGUAUGAACAAGGUGGACAAAUUAAACAACCUCAAGCUCCCUUUUUAGGUCAACAGAAUCAAUGGCAAACUCACGAAUCGAUAGCACAACAAGCAAGGUACGUUUAUGGUGGUUUACGUGAAUGGACAACUUUAGUACCAAGAUCUGGCCAAUCUUCUUCAUUUGUUGGUAUUUAUGCUUAUAAUUCUAUUGAAACAAUGACAUUGACAUUAGCUUGUCAUAACAAUGGCCUUGUUACUGUACCAAUGGGCGCCAAGUCAUCCUCCUCUCAUGUGGAUCAUGUUAUCAAGACAACUGGAUUACAAGUGUUGGCUGUAGACCGUGCUCAUGUCGAUCAGGUGAUGUCAUUGAUUAAAGGUACUAGUGUUCAACUUUUGAUUAUUCUGGAUGACAUGAAGGAUAUCUCUGGCACUUCUGUUGAAGUUGUAUCUCUUCAAGAUAUUGUGAACAAGGGCAAAUCAUCCACUAUUGAAGCCGUACGACCUGAACCCACUGAUAUCGCUAGUAUCUACUUUAGUAGUGUUUUGGAUUCAGAUCCUGGUGUUAUUUUGACUCAUAAAAACUUACUCUCCAAUAUCGCAAGUUAUUUGUUGAUCAUUCCUCCUCAAGAAAAAAUUACUCACAAAGAUCGAUUGAUGUAUAAUCUCCCACUUGACAAUGUGUUUGGCUUUGUAUUAUCUUCCAUGUUCUCAUUCUUAGGUGGCUCAAUUGCUUUUGAUAAUGAAUAUUCUGCCAGUGAACAUUUGACUUCUUAUCUUGAUCUUGUGGUAGCAGCCAAACCCACUGUUUUUGCAACUGGAUCUGGAUUCUUUGAACUGGUGCAAGAACAUAUUGAUCAGCAUUAUGGCAAUUCCUUCUUCUUCCGACGUGGAUAUGAAAAGAAAUGUUCAUUCUUUGAUGAAGGUCGAUUAGUGACAGAUAGCAAAUAUGAUAUGUUUGUUUUUCGAGAUAUUCAACGCAAACUGUUUGGUGGCCAGCUACGAUUGAUUUACCUUGAAAAUGAUGAAAGUGAUCCUCCUGUUGCUCCCUUUUUACGUGCGGUAUUGGGUACUCAAGUACUAAAAGUAUUUAAUAGUGCGGAAACGAGUGGAACCAUGACGGCAUCAAUGUUUUAUGAUUACAAGGCUGAUCCUCUAUCGUUUGGUGCUCCUUUGCCUUGCAAUGAAUUGAAAUUGAUGGACUUGCCUGAAAAAGAACUUUAUUGUGAUGAUACUCCUAAUCCUCGUGGUGAAAUCUGGAUUCGUGGUAACAAUGUGUUUCAAGGUUAUUGGAAUGAUCCUACAACAUCAGAUGAAAUGGUAGAUGCGGAUGGAUGGUAUAUGACUGGUGUAUUGGGAGAAAUCCAACCAAAUGGUACUUUGAAACUAUUGGGUAGAAAAUGAAAAAAAACAAAUAAAUAAUAUAUAUUCUAUUUCGACAAAAUAAAGAUAAUCUGUUUUUUCCUCUC